AUGACUAAUCGAAAGGAGUUAGAAAAAGCAUCCACAAUCAUGCUUAAUGAGUUUUGUUCUGUUGCGAUCAUCAAUGGGUUGCCAUUCAAAAUGGGAGAUCAAGGCCAACUUACUUUGCCUCAUGAAUUUGGAAAUUCCACUUCAAUAAAUUCUUUAGCAAAUUUGGGGGCAAUAAUUAAUCUUAUGUCAUAUUCUUUCUACGAGAAGCUUGGUCUACCAAGGCUCCAAAACAUAAAGAUAACACUUUUAAUGGUGGAUCAAUCAAUCACUAACCUACGUAGAAUCAUUGGAGAUUUGUUGGUGAAAGUGGGGAAAUUUAUUGUUCCGCUUGACUUUGUGGUUCUAGACAUGAAAGAAAAUGAAGACCUUCCCAUAAUUUUGGGAAGAUCAUUCUUUCGUACCACAAGAUCCCUUGUUGACAUUCAUGACUAA